AUGUCGGGGUCACCGUCGACCAAGGCGGGGAAGAACAUGUCUUCCCGCCUAUUGACGAUGAAGCGUGCUGCAGCUUCUGCCGCAGCAAAGGAGCCUCAAAUCCCUGCUGCCACCGAUGAUGAUGACAAGCGCGCAAAGAAACCCAGACUCUCGACCGAGGCCGAAGGCUCAAGGACAUCCCAAUCGGAUCUGGAAGCCAUGUCCGCGGCCAUGGCGGCCGAGGAAGCAAAGCGACGUGAGGCAAUUGCGCGACAGGCUGCGGAGGCUGGCGAGUCAGAAUGGGUGCUGGACAUACCUUAUGCACCAACUGAUCCGCAACCGAUUGUGCUCUCUGCCGACUCUUUGGAUGCUGAAGAUGACUUGCCUCAAGGCGGUCGUCGCGCAUACGGAAACUUCACACGCAAGAAGCCUAGUGCCCCCGUUGCUACGACAAAGGCCGAAGCAAGUGCAGAUGACGAAGAUGAAGAUGAUGAAUCCGAUUACGAAUCGGGCUCUCUCAUCAACCCAGCCGACCCCGAAGCGGUUGCGGCGCAUAUCGAAAAACUCCGUCAAAAGGCUCUCGCCAAGGAACAACGGCGGAAAGAUGCUCUGGCCCAUGCGGAGCGCAAAAGACUUUCCGGUUUGACAAGUAUCUCUGGAUCGCAAAAGGCGACAUAUCCCAGCAUGGGAUCACAAUCGGCCAAGAAAAAGAAGAAGCGCAAGUUUUGA